CCCAUCAAAGUCAUGGAGUAGGUUUUUCUUCAUCUCGCCGUUCUUUCACAUUUCAGGCAUAGUUGCUAAUUUACCUUCGUCGCAAUGGAUAGACCUCCUCAAGUUUUGGAUCACUAUAUCGGUGUCGAUGUCGGUACUGGCUCUGCUCGUGCUUGUAUCAUUGACGAAACUGGUGAUAUCAAGGCUCUGGCCUCUGAGAACAUCAAGCUAUGGCAGCCUGAGACAGGCUACUACGAACAAUCCACCACAGAUAUCUGGCAAUGCAUCUGCGAAUGUGUCCGCCGCGUUGUCAGCGAGUCCACAGUCAACCCCUCGAGCAUCAAGGGCAUUGGCUUUGAUGCUACCUGCUCUCUUGCCGUCUUCACCCACGACACCGACGAGCCGCUCCCCGUCACCGGCCCAGACUUCACAAAUGAUGGCAAUGACCGCAACGUCAUCUUGUGGCUCGAUCACAGACCUGUCGAAGAGACCGAGAAGAUCAACAACACUAAGCACAAGCUUCUCAAAUAUGUUGGUGGAAAAAUGAGCAUUGAGAUGGAGAUGCCAAAGGUGCUCUGGCUCAAGAACCACAUGCCGCCUGAGCUGUUCGCACGUGCCAAGUUCUAUGAUCUUGCUGAUGCUCUCACCCACUUGGCUACUGGCAACGAGACCCGUAGCUACUGCAGUGUUGUCUGCAAGCAGGGCUUCGUCCCAGUGGGUGUCGAUGGUAGCGUCAAGGGUUGGCAAGAAGACUUCUACCAUGAGAUUGGCCUUGACGAUCUUACCAAGGACGACUUCAAACAGAUGGGUGGUGUCAACGGGGUGAACGGAACCUAUGUCAGCGCUGGCGAGCCUGUAGGCACUCUGAGUCGACUAGCCGCGAACCAACUCGGUCUUCCCAUGGGCAUCCCUGUGGGCAGCGGUGUCAUUGACGCAUAUGCAGGUUGGAUCGGAACUGUGGGCGCUAAGGUCGAUCUUGGAGACGACGAGCUCAACGCUGCUGUACCCCACAAUGACCUUGCCCAAGCCUUCACUCGUUUGGCUGCUGUUGCAGGAACUUCCACAUGCCACUUGGCUCUGUCCAAGGAACCUGUCUUUGUACCUGGUGUCUGGGGUCCUUACCGCGAUGUCCUCCUGCCCGAGUUUUGGAUGGCUGAAGGUGGUCAGUCCGCGACUGGAGAGCUUCUGCGACAUAUGCUCGAUAUCCACCCCGCUUACAAUGAGACGUGCGCCCUUGCCAAGGCUGAAGACAAGCACAUCUAUGACUUCCUCAACACUCACCUUGAGUUAAUGGUUGAGAAGCAUAAUGCUCCUUCGAUUUCAUACCUUGGCCGUCACCACUUCUUCUACGGUGACCUUUGGGGUAAUCGCUCACCAAUAGCUGAUCCCAACAUGAAAGGCAGCAUGAUUGGACUGGACAGCGACAAGAGCACCGACAACAUGGCCCUUUGGUACUAUGCCACCAUGGAAUUCAUCGCGUUGCAGACCCGCCAAAUCAUCGAGCAGAUGAACAAUGCCGGCCACGAGAUCUCCUCCAUCUUCAUGUCUGGCUCCCAGUGCCAGAACCCCGUUCUCAUGAACCUUCUAGCAACCGCCUGCGGCAUGCCUGUCCUCAUCCCACGUUACGUCAAUGCUGCUGUCGUUCACGGUGCUGCCAUGCUAGGCGCCAAGGCAGCAAGCCAUGCCAAGGAGGGCAGUGAGCCUGAGUCUCUCUGGAGCAUCAUGGAUCGCAUGAGCAAGCGAGGUCGACUGGUCGAUCCCAGCACCAACGAGGAUGAGAAGGCUCUUCUUGAUGCCAAGUAUGAAAUCUUCCUGGACAUGUGCAAGACACAGCAAGAAUACCGCAGCAAGAUUGACAAGGUGGCUUCCAAGAAGGCACAUGUCAAUGGUGCUCCCAAUGGUGCUUAGGAGUUGAGCUUGUGUAUUACAUGACGAUAUGAAGUUGAUGAGCGCUGGAUUUGGGCAAUUGGCGUCGGAAUUUGGUAUAAAGGCCAGUAAUUUAAUGAUCAUGCGUGCGUAGAUACGAAGGCGUAUCCCUGAAAAGGGUGAAUGAAAUAGAAUAAUUGAUUUCUUUCUUUGUUAA